UUGUGAAACUUCUCAUUCUUUCUAUUCUUUCUACCGUAGUCUCUCAACCCUAACCAAUUUUCAAUGCCGUUCGUCCCUGAUUCUUCAUCAGACUUCCAUCAUCAACAUCUUAAUUCGAAAAAUCAGUUCGUGUAAUAUGUUCGAUGAACGUGUUUACGAGAUUGAGCGUUUGAUUCUGAUUAUUUUAUGGUUUUAUAACAUGAAACAGUUGAUAUUUAAGGAAUUUUGGGGGUUUGAGAAGCUAGGGUUUGUGGUUUUGGGUUUUCAACCAUUCAGACACCCUAGAGGCGGAGGAGGGUUUUGUUUUGUGGAUGGAGACGAUGAUUUUUGGCCGGUUGAUUUGAAGCAUCUGAUGAUGCUGGUUUUAGCACAGAUCUUCAUGUGCAUCGAUGGAGGGAAGGUUGGGGAUCAAAUCGAGGAAUAUUCAAAAUCGUCAUUCGAAACCGACAAAUGCUAUCUAAUGGAUUGUGGUUUCGAGGUGUUCGUUUGGGUUGGUCGAGUAACGCAGGUGGAUGAUAGAAAAGCUGCCACACAGGCUGCCGAGGAGUUUCUCACCAGUAAUAAUCAGCCGAAAGCCACCCUUAUAACCCGACUAAUUCAAGGCUAUGAGACACAUGCAUUCAGGUCAAAUUUUGACUCUUGGCCAUCAUCAACCGCACCUUCUGCUGAAAACCGAGGAAAAGUGGCUGAAGAUAGAGGAAAAGUUUCAGGGGUUUUUCUUUUUGUCAUGGUGCUCUUGGUGUCGCUCUUACCCUCGCAAAAAGCAGCCAAGGUGGCUAACUAUAUGUUGUGACAAGUUCUUCGAGUUGGAACAAAAUAUUUAAGAAGCCGUCUAUGGUGGUAUGAAAUAGUUUUUUGGUUCCGAUUUAAAAUUUUGCAAAACUUCACGGUCUAUUCAAGUAAUAAUUAUGACUACUAAACACUUACUUGAAUCAAUUUGCAUUUUCAUGAUCACAUACUGCCCUUUUCAAUUUGCGGCUUUUAAUUCCUGAUUGAAUGCCAAAAUUGAAGCAUCUUCUAUAGAGUCUAUUGUUUGGGUUAAAUAUUGGGUUUUUACGAAUCUGAAAGUGAAAAUGUAUAGUCUUCUACAGAUCAAGUCUCCCUUCAUUUGAUUUAGGAGACAUUUCUACAGAACCUUAUUCUUGACAAAACACAAUUCUUCAUCGAAUUCACAUCGAACAAAUCGGUUUCCAGAGGGUUCCCCAUCUGAUGGACUACAAAGACAGCUGCAACAACUGUUUCAUUUACAUGAUUCUGGUUUAGAUCAAACAUUCAUAGAUGAUUUACCUGUUUUUAUGUGUAAUAAAGUAGUGGGUGCGAAUGAACCGUUCGAUUAUGCCGUUUGUUUGUGUGAGUUUUCGGAGAAUGAUAAAUUGAGAUUGCUCCCAACUUGCAGCCAUGCGUUCCAUAUCAAUUGUAUAGAUACAUGGCUUUUAUCGAAUUCGACUUGCCCUCUUUGUAGAAAUACACUUUUUGACCCUGGGUUUUCAAUGGAUAACCCGAUGUUCGAUUUUGAUGAUCCACACGAAGCAGAUGAAAGUGGGAUUCCUGCUGGUUUGAAAACGGUUGAACCCGAACAAACCCAAGUUGAAAAGGGGGGUUUUUGGUGAGACUUGGUAAGUUUAGAAAUAUGAAUGAAGGGGAAGGUGAAAGUGGAAGUGAAACCGGAGGUGAAACGAGUAGAAGCAAUUUAGAUGCGCGAAGAUGUUAUUCGAUGGGUUCUUAUGAGUACGUGGUCGGAGAAACGAAUCUCCGGGUCCCUCUGAUUCAUCUGAGAGAUUUGCAAGAUGCAAAGUUUGUGAAAAACAUCGAACGGGUUGAGGAUCAUUCGCUUGAUGAAGAUCUUGAAGGGAAAAAGAUAAAUAUUGGUGCGAAAACAGGUAGUUUUUCUGUUUCAAAGAUCUGGUUAUGGUCUAAAAAGUGAAAAUUCGCGAGUUCUUCCGGUAAUCAGAUGCAUAAUCCAUCUUCGGUCGACAUAGAAUUACCGCAAUAGGGGAUAUUUCAAGAAAGAAGUUGAAAAUAAUAUGACGAGGCCAACAGAAAGUUAUCUAAACUAAAAUCAAGGAUAUCUCGCUUAACAAAGAAGCUAGCGCAUGAUUUUGGACUAGAGAAGGAAUUCUACUCGUGAUAUGGUCAAUGUUUUGAAAGCAAACAAAACAAAUAUGUUUACAAAGUUUGCCCUUUUAAACAAGCCACUCAGGAUGAAGGGUACAACACAAUGCGGUUGGGGUAAGUCAAAACACGUUGGGGUUGAAACGGGCUAUAUUUUUUAGUACAGGUGGAUGCAGGCCGGACUGGGUUGUGCUGGCCCAUUUAAAUUUGUUUAUAAGUUAAAAUAUAUAUAUACCUGAAUAUUCUAUCUUAUGAAUAUUAAUCUUCAUGCACUAAAUGUCACAAGGUGAUCGGAACGAGAUGUCAGAGAAUAUAUUUUCGUCGAAUGGGUCAUUGUAGAGUGGGAUGUGUUUUUGUCAGUUACUCAGGUAUGGGUUGAUAUUUAAGCUUAUAGUAACAGUUUAAUUUAAGGUAAGAUGGAUGAUAGAUGUAGUCAUAGUUGUUAGACUCAGACAAGUCACGAGUCGACUCAAAACGAGUCAUAAUUUUAGAAGAUGAAACAUAUAUUAUAAACUCUGCUAAGAAGUAUGUGUAUGUGUGUCAAGAUUUAAUGGAGAAAACUGUGGUCCUUCCUUUAGAUA